GAGACAGAUACUGUAUUCGAAUUGCGAGCAAAUCUACUCCAUUAAUAAACGUGGCGGAAAUGUGCGCGACCCUAGCCAAUCGGAAUACCCCUUCUAACAUUGGUUUGCAAAUUGAAAUAAACAGAAUCCGCCCAAAAAUGAAGAAGAAGCCGUAAACAGAAAGUAAGAGUAACAAAUUGACCGAAAGCACAGCUAAACGCAUCUAGCGGGCGGCCAUGACUUGCGAAGAUGAAGUUAUUAUUGACAAGAGAAGUUCCUCCCUUGGCGGUAUCACCAGAGCGACAUGGAGGAGGCAGCUGUUGUACGUUUUAUGUCGUCAAAAACAAGCCAGUACAAGAAACCCGUUGAAUCAUUUGAACAAGUAGUACCCAAGCGGUAACCAUGAAGAUGAGAGCAAAGUUUCGACAGCCUGCCCACGGAAACACGAGCAAUUUAGUCGCUAAUAACUAGCCGGCAGCCACAGGAUGAAAGCAACAAUCGUGUUGUCUUUUGAGCAGUAACAUACACAACUAGCAAUGUUUACAUUUUAAAGCGUAACUAUUAUUCCCGACUGGUCCAUUUUUUUAGUUUAUUGCGAUGUGGUGCCACAUGAAUGGCAAUACAGUAUGUGAAUGCACAGGUUAAUUGUAUCUUUUUUGCCAUCUAGUGGAAGAGCAUUUCAUUGUUCUGCCUAUCACCACAGGUGACUGGCAUAGAUAGAUGAAUAAAAAGGUAUAAUUUGUAGUAAGCAAACAUUUCCAGACGAAUGAAGUGAAGUUGGAUCAUUUUUUUCAGAGCACACCUGAUGAUAUCCGGGAGCACAAUGGCUGAGAAUCAUGGCACUACAGCAUUGAUAAAGAAGUUGUCGUAGCGUACCUGUGUUGCAAACUACUGUACUAUAAGUUUAUUUUAUGCAUAUUUUUCAGUUAGUGUUCCUAUUUCAUCCAUCCAUUCAUCUAACCAUUCGUCCAUCUAUUUUCAACACCCCUUAUCCUGAACAAGGUGGCCCCUAUUUCAGUUACUUCAAAUAGUGUGACAAUGAAGACGUUUUACACACCAACACAACCACAAGCGGGACAACUCAGUGAGAGUGAACACAAAAAAAAAAGGUUUGAAUUGAAUAUCAUGCAAUGAUGACUUAUUAAAGUAUACUCAAUGAAAGUGACGGUGUCUGUAUGUGAUGAAUAUGAUUCUAUGCAGUUGAAGUCCAUGUGGGUAUGUGCAGUCUGCAUCUGUUGGAGUCAGGAUGUGGUCUACUAAACUCAGCUACCGGAAACAUCAUGUUUUUUUUUUUUUUUUUUUGGUGACACAGUCUCACUCAGUGUUUGUGGAUUGUUGUUGAUGUUACCAUGUCCUCGAGAGUGAUUCUCAGUGGUACCAUGAUAAAAAAAUCGCAGCAAAAAAAAAGAACAUCUCCAUGCAACUACAAGAGGAGACUUUUUGUGCUGGACACACAGGAAUUGAAAUAUUCUGAGCAUCGUCCUGGAAGAAAGCCAAUACUGAAAGGUUCCAUCAAGUUAUGCAGUAUUAAGUGUGUGGAGGCAGUCUUUACCGACCUCCCCAUUCCGUGUGACUACAAGUACCCCUUCCAGGUGUUUCACGGCAACCAUUUCCUCUACAUUUUUGCCCCAGACAAUGAUUGUCGUCUGAGGUGGGUGCAAGCUCUGAAAGAAGAGACAAGGAAUAACAAUUUGGUCGAAAAAUACCACCCACAAUUUUGGAUGGAUGGAAAUUGGAAAUGCUGUCAGCAGUCAGGGAAACUGGCAAUGGGCUGUCAUGUAUAUGAUCCAAUGGGUUACGCUUCUAAAAAACCACUUCCUGACAUCCCAGUUUCAGAGGUAGAAAUGCACGACACAGUGCAUCGCAUGGUUAUUGCUUUGCAGAACUACACACCAUUUGGAGACAGAGAAUUGGCGCUUCACAAAGACAAGGAGUACACCCUGACAGACAGCUCCCAUCCCGUCUGGUGGAAUGUUCGAGAUGAAAGCGGGAACGACGGGUUUGUCCCAAGGACACACGUAGCUGAAAUAUCAGGGAGCAACUUUGAGAGAUUUGAAUGGUAUCACAAGAACAUUGCCAGAAGGGAAGCAGAGGAUUUGUUGAUCAAAGAGGGAAAAGAAGGUGCAUUCAUGGUUCGAAACUCAAGACAGACAGGCGUCUACACAGUGUCAGUAUUCACCAAAGCGCCGGGAUCAAACGGCGAGAAACAACCAUGUGUGAAACAUUACCAAAUCAGGCGGACAGAAACAGAAGAGUCUUCCUUUUACUUGGCCGAGAAGUAUCUGUUUCGCACUAUUCCAGAGCUGAUCCGUUACCACCAACACAAUGCUGCGGGUCUGAUAACACGUCUCAGACACCCGAUCACUCAAACAGGCGGCUACUCCCAGGAAAUUGAUGGUCCAUCCAAAGAUGAGUGGGAGGUGGACCCCGAAGAACUCACCUUUGGUCAAGAGUUAGGCAGUGGACAGUUUGGGAUGGUGCUGUGGGGACAAUGGAGGGAGAAGAGGGUGGCACUGAAAAUCAUAAGAGAAGAUUGCAUGUCGGAUGAGGAAUUUAAAGAAGAGGCAAGGAUCAUGAUGAGAUUAUACCACUCAAAGCUAGUUCAGCUCUAUGGUGUAUGCACCCAGCGUUCUCCGAUGUGUUUGGUGUUGGAGUUCAUGGAGAAUGGCUGUCUAUCAGACUACCUGCGAGCCCAAAAAGGGCGUUUAUCCCAGGACACAAUGUUGGCGAUGUGUCUGGAUGUCGCUGAAGGGAUGGCCUACCUGGAGAUGUCUAACUUCAUCCACAGAGAUCUGGCUGCCAGGAACUGCCUAGUUUCAAAGAACAACGUGGUUAAAUUGUCUGAUUUUGGCAUGACCAGAUAUGUUCUUGAUGACCAGUACACAAGUUCUUUGUGCUCCAAGUUUCCCGUCAAGUGGUCGUCACCAGAGGUUAUCAAAUACUGCAAGUUCAGCAGCAAAUCUGAUGUCUGGUCUUUUGGUGUUCUCAUGUGGGAAGUCUACACUGAGGGCCGGCUUCCUUAUGAGAACCAAUCCAAUGCUCAAGUAGUAGAGUCCCUGAAUGCUGGCAUGAGGCUGCUUAAGCCACGACUGGCACCAGAGGCUGUAUAUCUGCUUAUGGAGUGGUGCUGGAAAGAGAAACCAGUGGAUCGUCCAUCCUUCGCAUUGCUGUUGCAUGAGCUUUCCUUAUUUUAAGGCUGUUGAACCAACAUAUGAGUAGUGGAUGCUAAACAUUAAGCAAAGUUAUAUUUAUUCAAUUUUUUUGUAUCAGUGGCUAACGUUUGACAUGUUCUUAUAUAUUGUACAAUAAAUUCAUGCUUCUCACACAUGCCUUAGUCACCCCAUUUGCACUUUAACCAUUUCAUUGCCCUGUAUCCAUUCACAUGCUUUGUAUUUACAUAGCUACAUUGUACAUCUAAAGCAACACACAACUCAAAUUUAAUUUUCCUUCAUUCUGUUGAGCAGUGUGUAUGAAUUUUAGAAGUUCAAGGUGUUUCCCGCCUACUGCCCGAAGACAGCUGGGAAAGCACGCCCGCGACCCUUGUGAGGAUAAGCGGAUUAGAGAAUGGAUGGAUGGAUGGAUGGAACUUCUCAUAUUUCUCUAGGUUAUGUAAUAUUAUAAGUGUAUUUGCGGCUCCAAUGCAAUGGUCACAAAAGAUCAGAAUAAACUAUGUUACACAA